AUGCUUGGGAUGGCAACAUUUGUGCCUAUGUUCAAGAAUACACUACUAUUGCCAGGGCUACCUGAGAAGCUUCAGAAUAAGAUUAUUGACAAGGCCAAGCUCAAUCUUUCAGACAAUAUAUCACCUAGUGAUUUUAGGAAAGUUGUUCAGAUGACUAUGGAUUUGAUCAACCAGUAUGAAGAGAAUAAGAGAAUCUUUAAAGAAGAUAAAAUGAAACAGAAGAAAAUGAAGAAGCUUGCUCCAAAGAAAGCAGCUAGUUUUGCAAAGACUGAAGAAUCUGAAUUAAAAUCCAAAGUCAAGAACUCUAACAGUGCCAAUAUUGAAGCUGCUAUUGAAAAGAUGACCAAUAAGUUCACAAAUUUGGCAUUGGCCAUAAGAGCUAUAGUGGUGCUUGUGGAUGAGAAGGAGCUUGAACUGGAGGAAUUUCAACAUGUCUCUGAUGCUUCUACUGUGGAAAACCUGGACAUUGUCAAUCUCAGUGUUAUGAAUACCAAUCUGAUAUAA